AUGGAGGGGUCGGAGGCGGCGGCGCGCGAGGCGCUGUCGACGGAGAAGGCGUUCGAGGGGGAGCGACUGCCGGCGUGGUCGGAGCAGAUCACGGUGCGUUCCGUGGUGGUGAGCUCGGCGCUGGGCCUGUUCCUGAGCUUCAUCGUGAUGAAACUCAACCUCACCUCCGGGAUCGUGCCGUCGCUCAACAUGUCGGCGGGGCUCCUCGCCUUCUUCCUCAUGAAGACGUGGACGUCCGCGCUGGAGCGCUGCGGCGUGUUCCCGAAACCCUUCACCCGGCAGGAGAACACGGUGGUGCAGACCUGCGUCAUCUCCUGCUCCAGCAUCGCCUUCUCCGGUGGGUUCGGCACCUACAUCCUCGGCAUGAGCAAGAAGAUCGCCGAGGGGUUCGACGAGGCCAAGACGAGCAUCAACGUCGAGGAGCCUUCCCUCGGUCGGAUCAUCGCCUUCCUCUUCCUCGUCAGCUUCGUCGGCCUCUUCUCCAUCGUCCCGCUCCGCAAGAUCAUGAUCAUCAGCUACAAGCUGACGUACCCGAGCGGGUCGGCGACCGCGCACCUCAUCAACAGCUUCCACACGCCGCAGGGCGCCAUCCAGGCGAAACAGCAGGUGUCCAUCCUCUUCAAGUCCUUCGCGGGGAGCUUCCUCUGGUCGCUCUUCCAGUGGUUCUACUCGGCGGGGCCCGGCUGCGGGUUCAGCUCCUUCCCGACCUUCGGCAUGGAAGCCUACCGCCGCCGCUUCUUCUUCGAUUUCUCGGCGACCUACGUCGGCGUCGGCAUGAUCUGCCCUUACAUCAUCAACUUCUCGCUGCUGCUCGGAUCCGUCGUGUCGUGGGGCCUCAUGUGGCCGUACAUUGAGAGCAAGCGCGGGCUCUGGUACGACGCAGAGCUGCCGAGGAGUAGCCUCCAUGGGCUGAAUGGGUACCAGAUCUUCAUCUCCAUCGCCAUGAUCAUCGGCGAUGGGCUGUUCAAUUUCCUCGCUAUCCUCGUCCGCACCUCCUACGACAUGUACCUCAAGCGCACCAGGCCUGCAGAGGCCGCCGCCAAGCCAUUCGCCGGCGUCGACGUCACCGAGCGCCAGGCGCUCAGCUUCGACGACCGCCGCCGCACGCAGGUGUUCCUCAAGGACCAGAUCCCGACGUCCAUCGCCGCGGGGGCGUACGUGCUUCUGGCAGCGAUCUCGGUGGUGGCGAUCCCACACAUCUUCCGGCAGCUGCAGCCGAAGCACGUGGUGUGGGCGUACGUGGUGGCGCCGGUCUUCGCCUUCUGCAACGCCUACGGGACGGGGCUCACGGACUGGUCCCUCUCCAGCAGCUACGGCAAGCUAGCCAUCUUCAUCUUCGGCGCCAGCGUGGGCGCGGAAGACGGCGGCGUGGUGGCGGGGCUCGCGGCGUGCGGGCUGAUGAUGGGCAUCGUCUCCACCGCCUCCGACCUCAUCCAGGACUUCAAGACGGGGUACCUGACGCUGACCUCGCCGCGGUCCAUGUUCGUGAGCCAGGUCAUGGGCACCGGGCUCGGCUGCGUCAUCAGCCCCGUCGUGUUCUGGAUCUUCUACAAGGCGUACGACGUCGGGCUGGAAGAAGGGUACCCGGCGCCGUACGCCAAGAUCUACCGGGGCAUCGCGCUGCUGGGCGUGAACGGGUGGAACCAGCUGCCCAAGUACUGCCUCCGCUUCUGCCUCGCCUUCUUCCUUCUCGCCGUCGCCAUCUGCGCGCUCAAGGAGGUGGCCAAGGCGCGGCGGUGGUGGGUGCAGGACUACAUCCCGAGCGCGCUGGGCAUGGCGGUGCCCUUCUUCCUCGGGUCGUUCUUCACCAUCGACAUGUGCGUGGGGAGCAUCGUGCUGUACCUGUGGAGCAAGUCGGACCGGGUGAGGGCGCACAUGUUCGCGCCCGCCGUCGCGUCGGGGCUCAUCUGCGGCGACGGGAUCUGGUCGCUGCCAUCGUCCAUCCUGUCGCUGCUCAACAUCAACCCGCCCAUGUGCCUCAGGGUCUUCUCCGCCGACACAAACUACCAGGUCGAGGAGUUCCUCUGGACGCUGAAAAACCCAGCCGCCACAUAG